AUGUUGCUACGGUGGCUGCUGCAACUGCACGGUGGACAGCUCAUGGACUGCAUCCGUUGUGCACUCCACUCCCUACAAUUUACUUUUACCUAUCCUCCUGCUUCAGCAACUGCUGUUCCAUUAAUGCACAUCAACAAAGUUCCACCUAAGACAAAACAAGGAGAUAUUACACUACAAAAUCUUCCUCUUCAAGAUCUUAAACCAGAUCCAGAAGACUCAGAAGCUUUGCAAGCUCAGCAUUCAGCUUCUAAGUCACCAGUUGUUUCUUCAUAUGAAUCAGAGGAGAGUGGAGAUGCUAAAUUAAAUACUUCGUCAAAGGUCACCAUUAAUCUUGAUAUAAACCGGCCCAUUUCUGAGAACCUUAAUUCGAACCAAACGGAGGAUAGGAAACUGGUAGACCUGUCUUUUUGUGGUUCCAACACAACUUCUGGCAGUGAAGAGACUGAUGCGCUAGAGAAGAAAAAAAAUAGAAGUCGUGAGAUAACCUCCUUGUAG